AUGCCUGGCCAGCGAUGGCGAUUACAGGGCUGGAGCGUGGGGCACAGGUGGGUGCGGCAGGGGCAGGGCCCGCCAAACCUAUAUAAGGUGCUCGGAGCUGGCCGCUUGAGUCUCAAAGGCGGCAGCAGCAAGACUGCCUGGGCAGCAGGGGGUCGGGGCUGGCAGCCACCUUUCUUCUCCAGGCGCGGCACCAUGCUCAGGCCUCAGCUGCUGCUGCUGCUGUUCUGUGGAAGAACCAUACUCAGCACUGGUCUGGGCACCACCUCCUUUGCCAACCCAGGCACCUGGGAACUGAAGGCCUCUCCACAAAUAGAUACCACGGAUGGAGGUACCACAAACCCCAACACUGAGAGCAGCCUGCCAUCGUCUCUAGACAAGGGCUGGUGCUCCACAUGGGGAGCCGGCCACUUCUUCACCUUUGACGACCAUGCAUACGACUUCUUGGGGACAUGCAACUAUGUCUUCGCGGCCACUUGUGAGGAUGCCUCGCCCACCUUCAGUGUCCAGCUGCGGCGAGGGCCUGAUGGGAGCAUCUCCCGAAUCAUCGUGGAACUGGGGGCCUCUGUUGUCACCGUGAAUAAGGCAACCAUCUCCAUCAGGGACAUCGGGGUGGUCAGCCUACCCUACACCAGCAAUGGACUCCAGAUCACGCCCUACGGCCAGAGUGUGCAGCUGGUGGCCAAGCAGCUGGAGCUGGAGCUGGUGGUCAUGUGGGGCCCGGACACCCAUCUCAUGGUCCUAGUGGAGAGGAAGUACAUGGGCCGGAUGUGCGGGCUGUGCGGGAACUUUGAUGGGAAGACAGCCAACGAGUUUCUGAGCGAGGACGGCAAACUCCUGGAACCCCAUAAGUACGCCACGCUGCAGAAGCUGGAUGACCCCAACGAGAUCUGCUCCCACGAGACCGUCCCCAGCACCCCCAUACUGCAGGCCACACACGCUGAGAUCUGCGCUCAGCUGCUCACCCUGGUGUCCUCCGAGUGUGACGUACCUAAGGAGUCACUGGUGCUGAGCUGCCAGGAGGACAUGUCCUCGUGCACCCAGCCCGGCCAACAGAACUGCAGCUGUCCCACGCUGUCCGAGUACUCACGCCGGUGCCGCAUGGCAGGCCAGCCUGUCAACAACUGGCGGAGCCCCAGCCUCUGCUCUGUGGGCCAGUGCCCAGCCAACCAGGUGUACAAGGAGUGUGACAUGGCCUGCAUCAGGACCUGCUCCAACCCACAGCACAGCUGCUCCAGUGCUUGCACCUUCGGCUGCUUCUGCCCGGAUGGUAUGGUGCUUGACGAUCUCUCCUCAAACCACACCUGCGUGCCCAUCAGCCAAUGUCCCUGCAUGCACAAUGGAAUGAUCUACGGUCCUGGGGAGGUCACCAGGGCCACCUGUCAAACCUGCCAGUGCUCCAUGGGCCGGUGGACAUGCACAGAACAGCUGUGUCCCGGCCACUGCUCCCUGGAAGGCGGCUCCUUUGUUACUACAUUUGACGCCAGGCCCUACCGCUUCCAUGGGUCCUGCACCUACGUCCUCCUCCAGAGCUCCCAGCUUCCCGACGAGGGCACCCUCAUGGCCGUAUAUGACAAGUCAGGCUACUCACACUCUGAGACCUCCCUGGUCGCCAUCAUCUACCUGUCCAGUAAGGACAAAAUCGUGAUCUCUGAGGACGAGAUGAUCACCAACCAUGGAGACACCAAGUGGCUGCCUUAUAAGACUCGCAACAUCACCAUCUUCAGGCAGACGUCCACCCACCUCCAGAUGGUCACCACCUUUGGGCUAGAUCUCAUGAUCCAGCUACAGCCCGUCUUCCAGGUGUACAUCACUGUCGAGCCCCAAUUCAGAGGCCAGACUAAAGGACUCUGCGGCAAUUUCAAUGGGGACACAACCGAUGACUUCACGACCAGUGGGGGCAUCGAUGAGGGCACCGCCUCGCUCUUUGUGGACUCCUGGCGGGCAGGGAACUGUCCAGCCGCCCUGGAGCGUGAGACCGACCCCUGCUCCAUGAGCCAGCUCAACAAGGUGUGUGCAGAGACCCACUGCUCAGCGCUGCUGAAGAAGGAUAGCGUGUUUGAGAAGUGCCAUUCAGUGGUGAACCCCAAGCCCUUCUAUAAGAGGUGUGUGUACCAGGCCUGCAACUAUGAGGAGACCUUCCCUCAUAUCUGUGCCACCCUGGGUGCCUAUGCCCACACCUGCGCCUCCUGGGGUGUCCUGCUCUGGGGCUGGAGAAGCACCGUGGACAACUGCACCAUCCCCUGCACUGGGAACCGCACCUUCAGCUACGACAGCCAGGCCUGCAAUCGCACCUGCCUGUCACUGUCUGACAGCACUGCCGAGUGCCACACCAGCCCAGUCCCUGUGGAUGGCUGCAACUGCCCCGAGGGCACCUACCUGAACCACAAGGCCGAGUGUGUGCGCAAGGCACAAUGCCCCUGCCUGCUGGACAACAACAAGUUCGUCCUAGCUGACCAGUCCACCAUGGUCAAUGGGGUCAUCUGCUACUGCAUCAACGGGCGGCUGAGCUGCCCACGGCAGCGGGAGAUAUUCUUGGAAUCCUGCCCAGCCCCCAAGACCUUCCAGUCCUGCAGCCAGUCAUCGGAGGACAAAUUUGGGGCAGCGUGUGCCCCAACAUGCCAGAUGCUGGCCACUGGCAGUGCCUGUGUGCCCACCAAGUGUGAAUCUGGCUGCGUCUGUGCUGACGGGCUCUAUGAGAACACCGACGGGCAGUGUGUGCCCCCGGAGGAGUGCCCAUGUGACUUUGCAGGGGUCUCCUACCCUGGGGGUGCAGAGCUCCACACCGACUGUAAAACCUGUACCUGCUCCCAGGGGAGGUGGACCUGCCAGGAGAAUGCCUACUGCCCGUCCACCUGUGUCCUCUACGGGGAGGGCCACAUAAUCACUUUCGAUGGGCAGCGCUUUGUGUUCGAGGGCAACUGCGAGUACAUCCUGGCCACGGAUGGCUGCGGUGCCAACAGCUCUGAGCCCACCUUCAAGAUUCUGACAGAGAACGUCAUCUGUGGGAAGUCAGGGGUCACCUGCUCCCGAGCCAUCAGUAUCUUCAUAGGCGGCCUGUCCAUCACGAUGGCAGACAGGAACUACACGGUCAGCGGGGAGGACCCUUCCGUGCACUUCCAGGUGAAGUCCAACAGCCUGAACCUCAUCCUGGACGUGGGCAUCCCGGGGUGGCUCAACCUGACACUGAUCUGGAACAAGCAUAUGAGUGUCACCAUCAAGAUCAGCCGCACCUCCAAGGACACACUCUGUGGCUUGUGUGGUAACUACAACGGGAACAUGAAGGACGACUUUGAGACGCGCAGUAUGUAUGUAGCAUCCAGUGAGCUGGAGUUUGUUAACUCGUGGAAGGAGAACCCACUGUGUGGAGAUGCGAGCUAUGUGGUAGAUCCCUGCAGCCUGAACACUUUCCGCCUCUCCUGGGCCGAGCGCAAGUGCAGUAUCAUCAACAGCCAGACCUUCGCUGCCUGCCACAGCAAGGUGUACCACUUGCCCUACUAUGAGGCCUGUGUGCAUGACACGUGCGGAUGUGACACGGGCGGUGACUGCGAGUGUCUGUGCGAUGCGGUGGCCGCCUAUGCCCAGGCCUGCCUGGACAAGGGCGUGUGUGUGGACUGGAGGGCCCCAGACUUCUGCCCGGUCUACUGUGACUUCUACAACAGCCACACACAGGUCGGUGACAGUGAGUACCAGUACACACAGAAGAUCAAUUGCACAUGGCACUACCAGCCCUGUCUCUGCCCCGGCAGCCUGGAGAGCUUCCAGGACACCAACGUCGAAGGCUGCUACAACUGCUCCCAGGACAAGUACUUCGACCACAACCAGGGUUCCUGUGUGCCUUGCAGUAAGUCCAGGCAGCCUGCCAAGACCACCAGCAGCACAGUCCUGGGCAAAGUUCCAUCCACCUCGGCGACCCCCAGCACUACGCAAUUCCACAGCUCCAGCUCCUCAGCCACACCUGGGCUGACAGGACAUCCAACCACACCCUUGACCGAGCCCUCCACCCCUUCCUCCAUGGAGGGAGGGACAACUUGGACCACCCUCAGCAAACCCACAGUCUCCUCAGAAGAAUCACCUCGAACCACCAUGGCAGUCACCCCACUGCAAACAUCACCUGUGAUACCUACAGCCACACCAAAAUCAACAGUCACAGGACUCACAGUGACCCAGGCCACAACUGAGCCCACAGUAUCCUCACUUAGCCAAGCUACAAAGUCCACAGCUCAGUCAACAUCACGAACCACAACUGCACCACUACACCACUCAGCAACACCUGGGACGUCCCCCAGCCAAGGAACAUCCGUGACUGCAGAAAGGCCAGUUACAACAAAUCCAGUGACAGAGCACACAGAACCACCUUCAUUGGACAAGACCACCCUGACCACGCAGAAGCCAGAAAACAGCAGUGGCACCACUACAACAACCAGUUGGCUCACCUGCAACCCAUCUCCUGUAGUCUUAAACUUUCUUUGGGCUGGUAUCUGCAAACAGUCUUCCACAGCUGUCCCUGGGGAGCUCAGAGGGUUUGAGGGCUCCAGUAGUACAACCUCCUACAGGAGAAAAGAAAACCUGAUGCAGGUAGGGUGUCCCUCCACUUGGCUCAAUAUGGGUGGUCUGACUUUUGUCUCACUCUCAUUUCUGACCUCAGGGGCCUGCAGCUUACAGGAGCAAGAGCACCAGAUCACCUACCAGGGCUGCACAGCGAAUGUGACCCUGACCUACUGCAAGGGCUUCUGCCCCUCUUUGGUCAGCUUCAACGUCAACACCCAGCAGGUGGAAACCCACUGCAGCUGCUGCUACCCACUUGGUGCUCAUGAGAAGCAGUUCCUCCUGCCCUGCACAGACCCCAGUGUGCCAAGCCAGCAACUCACACUCACUUUGCAGGUGUUCAGUGGCUGUGCAUGUGACUCCCGGCACUGUGCAGACUAGAGGGGGGUUGCCUGGUCUUCUGGGUGUAAGGGAUUACAGGUUAAAAAAAAAAAACAAAUAAAUAAAUGCCACUAUUGAUACCUUCUCUGGGCUUGUGCAGCAAUCCCUUUCCUGGUCACAGCAGCACCUCAAAGUACCCUGAUGUGGCUUGCCUAAGGCACUUGUUGGAAACAGAUGGCCAGGCAGGGGCUCCCCCAACCCAUCUCCCACAGACCCUGAAGAGGCCACGUGGGACUAGGGAAGCACUGAAGUGCUCACCCUGACAAACAUGCAGGGCACUUCCUGUCCACAUCAUCCAUCUGCACACCACUUCCCAGGAUCUAGUUGCAGUACCUUGGAGAUAAGAGACCUCCAGAAGCAGAUGCCAGGGAAGGGGGUGGCUCCAGUGAGGUGCCUGGAGAAUCACAGAGAAUGAUCAGAUGAAGACCCUGGGUGUGGGCACUAGACAGGGGCAAAUGGGGUAAAAGGUAAGGUAAACACCAAAGAUGGCAGAGAAGGGGGACAGGUCUCUCUAGAAUCAGGGAGGGACUGGAGGGUGACAGGCGCAGGCAAAUACUGGCAUCCAGCCAGGCAGGAGGCCAUUGUCAGAACCCAUGUCCUCAGGAGGCUGUCACAAGUAGAUUUCAAAUAAACUGGUUCUUGUUGAGGUAGAAGCUGCUCUGUAGACACAACUAUCACCUUCCAAGACCCCAAGCAUUAAGCUCCCCUGACACAUACCUGCACAGGAUAAGUCAAGCCACACCUGCACAGGUUGGACCACCAGGAACCCCCUUAACACCUGCACAGCUGGGGCCACCAGGACUCUCCCACCAUCACACCUGCAGAGUUUGGGCCACCUCGUGGGACUGGGACAGAGGGGAUGAUACCCCUGAUCUUGGUAUCCUCCCACACACAACUCUGCCAAGUCUAUGGUGGAGGUCACCAUCCUCUGGGCCCCCAGCCCCAUCUGUGAUCGCUGCUGGAGAUUCCCCAAGUCACCUGUGUACAGUCCCCACUUUGGGCUCACCCCAGGGAAGGCAACAGUCCUGUGCACUUUGACAAGAAGCCUUCAGAUGACGGGACCCCCAGGGAACCUUAACCCAAUACCAGCACAAGUGGAUAGAUCAGGCUCAGUUACACCCAGAAUUGCAUGGCAGAGCAAAGGCACACCACACCCUAAGCAGCCGUGCUCCUACACCACUGCAUGCUGAGGAACAAGUGAUGG